GACAAUCAUGCAUGUGCUCUUCUGGGGCUUGGGGUUCCUACUAUUCCCUGAUUUCUUGAAUGUGGUCGCAUCUACGGGGAGAUUGCUUUUGAAUUCGAGCACAGUAAAAGAGGAGAUCGGCGCUUAUGAGAUUGUAACACCGGUGCGAGUGAAUGAAGCCGGUGACAAGUUUCCAACCAGUGUGCACUUCAAGAGGAAAAGACGAAGUUUGGAGGACGAGGGCACCGGCAACUCCACGGAUCACUGGGCCUCGCCGAACAUCCACUACAGGAUAUCUGCUUUCGGACAGAACUAUCACCUCAACCUCACGCUGGAUUCGGGAUUUAUCGCACCUCUCUACACUGUGACAAUACUUGGAGUACCCCGAGGAGAUAACUUAACGGAUUCUGCAGCAGAUGGGGAGGGAGGAGAGGAGGAGGAGGAGGAGGAGAAGAAGGAGGGAGAGGAGGAGGAGGAGGAGGACACGGAGUUAAGGCACUGCUUCUAUAAAGGACAUGUAAAUGCACAUGCAGAACACGCCGCAGUCAUCAGUUUGUGCUCCGGACUGCUUGGCACUUUCAGGUCUCCAGAGGGGGAGUAUUUUGUGGAGCCCCUGCACAGCUAUCAAGGAGAACACUAUGAAGAGGAACACACAAAACCUCAUAUCGUAUACAGGAAGAGUGCCCCCAAGAAACAGACAUCAGGGGAGACCUCAGCUUGUGACACUUCAGGACACAAACACAGACAUAAGAGACACAAGCUGAAGAGGAGACCAGCGUCUGGGGUGACCACCGUGUCCGAUGCAGCCCCUGUGGUCAGCGCCGGUAUCUUCAGUGACGUGGAGUCACUGAGCGCCGGUCUGGCCAACAACGCUCUGCUCAGAUCAGAGCGCAGCAGUGCUAGCACUAGACCGUCAAAUGAUAGCAGCGGUGACUCAGGACCUCACAGGAGAUCAAAGCGCUUCCUCUCCUACCCGCGCUUUGUUGAAGUCAUGCUGGUGGCCGACAGCAAAAUGGUGGAGCAUCACGGCAGCAACCUACAGCACUACAUACUCACUCUCAUGUCCAUAGUGUCUUCCAUCUACAAGGACCCCAGCAUUGGCAACCUGAUAAACAUUGUGAUUGUAAAGUUAGUCAUAAUUAACAAUGAGCCGGACGGUCCAGUCAUUUCAUUUAAUGCACAGACCACUUUAAAGAACUUCUGCAUCUGGCAGCAAAGUCAGAACAUCUUGGAUGACAACCACCACUCUCAUCACGACACCGCCAUCCUCAUCACCAGGCAGGACAUCUGCAGAGCGAGGGAUAAGUGUGACACUUUAGGACUUGCAGAGUUGGGGACAGUGUGUGAUCCAUAUAGGAGCUGCAGCAUCAGUGAGGACAAUGGACUCAGCACUGCGUUCACCAUCGCCCACGAACUUGGCCAUGUGUUCAACAUGCCUCAUGAUGACAGUAACAAGUGUAAGGAGGAUGGAGUUAAGAUCCAGCAGCAUGUGAUGGCUCCCACACUAAACUACAACACAAACCCUUGGAUGUGGUCCAAGUGUAGCAGGAAGUACAUCACAGAGUUCCUUGACACAGGAUAUGGUGAGUGCUUGCUCGACGAGCCCGUUUCUAGGCCGUACGGUCUCUCGCAGCAGCUGCCUGGACGGAUAUACAAUGUCAAUAAACAGUGUGAAUUGAUAUUUGGGCCGGGGACGCAGGUGUGCCCUUAUAUGACUCAGUGUCGGAGGCUGUGGUGCACAAGUCCAGAGGGCGCCCAGCGAGGCUGCAGGACCCAGCACAUGCCUUGGGCAGACGGCACCGACUGUUCCCCCGGAAAGCACUGCAAACAUGGCCUGUGUAUAGCCAAAGAGCACGAUGCCACACCUGUGGAGGGAGCGUGGGGAGUUUGGAGUCCUUUCGGUACCUGUUCGAGGACAUGCGGCGGAGGCAUAAAGAUUGCCAUGCGCGAAUGCAACCGACCCGUACCCAGGAAUGGAGGAAUGUAUUGUGUUGGUCGCCGAAUGAAGUUUCGUUCCUGUAACUCUGAGCCUUGCUCCAAGCAGAAGAAAGACUUCAGGGAGGAGCAAUGUGCUGCUUUUGAUGGCAGGCACUUCAACAUCAACGGUCUACCUCCGAAUGUUCGCUGGGUGCCCAAGUACAGCGGAAUUCUGAUGAAGGACAGGUGUAAGCUGUUCUGCAGGGUAGCAGGCAGCACAGCCUACUAUCAGCUCAGGGACAGGGUCAUCGAUGGCACGCCAUGCGGACCCGACACCAACGACAUCUGUGUCCAGGGCCUGUGUAGGCAAGCGGGCUGUGAUCAUGUAUUGAACUCGAAAGCCAGGAGGGACAAGUGUGGUGUGUGUGGAGGCGAUAACUCUUCCUGCAAAACCAUUGCAGGCACCUUUAACAUCGUGCGCUACGGCUAUAAUGAAGUAGUGCGAAUACCCAGCGGUGCUACAAACAUAGAUGUGCGUCAACAUAGCUACUCAGGGAAACCGGAGGAUGACAACUACCUCGCCAUAUCAAAUAGCCGUGGAGAGUUCCUGCUUAAUGGAGAGUUUGUGGUCAGCAUGUUCAAAAGGGAAAUCAAAGUAGGAAAUGCCAUCAUUGAGUACAGUGGCUCUGACCAUGUCAUCGAGAGGAUCAACUGUACUGACCGCAUCGAAGAGGAGAUCAUUGUCCAGGUGCUGUCUGUGGGGAACCUCUACAACCCAGAUGUCAGGUACUCCUUCAACAUCCCCAUAGAGGAUAAGCCUCAGCAGUUCUUCUGGGAUGCCUAUGGGAACUGGCAGGAGUGCAGCCGCCUGUGCCAAGGGGAGCGCAAGCGGAAGAUUCUCUGCAGCAGAGAGUCGGACAGGGUGGUGGUGUCGGACCAGAGGUGUCACGGUACUGCUAGACCUGCUGUCGUCACUGAGCCCUGCAAUACUGAAUGUGAACUGAGAUGGCACGUUGCUCGUAAAAGUGAGUGUACAGCCCAGUGUGGCCUUGGAUAUCGUACCCUGGAAAUAUACUGCGCCAAAAUCAGCCGUGCAGACGGCAAGACCCAGAAGGUUGAUGACCGCUACUGUAGUGGUCAGCGCAAACCUGAUGACAAGGAGGGUUGCCAUGGAGACUGUAACCCGGGUGGGUGGGAGUACUCGUCCUGGUCAGAGUGCUCCAAGAGCUGUGGUGGCGGCACCCGCCGUCGAGGGGCAGUGUGUCGAAAGGCAGCUGAGGCUGGCGGGGAUGAGAGCAAAUGCAGUCAAAGGGACAAGCUGACCGUCCAACCCUGCAAUGAAUUCCUCUGUCCACAGUGGAAGACUGGCGACUGGUCUGAGUGCCUUGUGACUUGCGGCAAAGGCUACAAGCACCGUCAGACAUGGUGUCAGUUUGGUGAAGAUCGUCUAGAUGAUCGCUUUUGUGGCUCAUCUAAACCUGAGUCAGUGCAGACGUGCCAGCAGCAGGAGUGUGCCUCUUGGCAGGUCGGGCCGUGGGGACAGUGCACUACCUCUUGUGGGCCAGGCUACCAGAUGCGAGCUGUGAAGUGUGUGGUUGGCUCUUACGGUGCUGUCAUGGAUGACACUGAAUGUAAUGCUGCAACCCGACCCACUGACACCCAGGACUGUGAAAUGGCCCAGUGUCCCAGCAGCCACCCUAUUCCCCCGGGGACCAAAGUCCCUUCCCACCAGAGCCACAAAACCCAGUGGCGGUUUGGUUCCUGGACCCAGUGCAGCGCCAGCUGUGGCAAAGGGACACGAAUGCGCUAUGUAAGUUGUCGUGACAACCAGGGUGGCGUGGCGGAGGAGUCGGCAUGUGCCCACCUCCCAAAACCUCCGGCCAGGGAAGUCUGCUCAGUAGUGGCUUGCGGACAGUGGAAAGUGCUGGAAUGGACAGUGUGCUCUGUAACCUGUGGCCAGGGAAAGACAACACGACAGGUCCUGUGUGUCAACUUCAGUGACCAAGAAGUGAAUGCUAGUGAGUGUGACCCAGACGAUCGUCCUGCCACAGAGCAGGACUGCGCCAUGUCUCAAUGCCCGUCCCGCCCCAGUGAAUCCCGACCUUUGCCGUCCUCGCCGAACACCAGCACCAGGAACAACCUGCCCCGUAGCCAAUCCCACCAGUGGCGGACUGGACCCUGGGGCGCGUGCUCCAGCACAUGUGCAGGGGGCUUCCAGCGGCGUGUAGUAGUGUGCCAGGAUGAGAACGGCUACCCCGCCAACAGCUGUGAGGAUCGCAGCCGACCCAAUGAGCAGCGAUCCUGUGAGUCAGGGCCGUGUCCACAGUGGAUCUAUGGCAACUGGGGAGAGUGCACUAAGCCAUGCGGAGGUGGGAUAAAGACAAGGCUGGUGGUGUGUCAGCGUCCAAAUGGCGAGCGUUUCAACGAUCUGAGCUGCGAGAUCCAUGACAAGCCACCAGAUCGUGAGCAGUGCAAUACUCAGCCGUGCCCUUCUAGCCCCCACUGGAGCACAGACCCAUGGAGCUCGUGCUCAGCCUCCUGUGGAAGAGGUGUGAAGUCCCGGAAGGUGAGCUGUGUGACCAAGUCAGGCCGUCCCGUCCCGGAAGAAAACUGCCAGCACCUUUCCCCCAGACCCAGCAAGCAGAGGCGCUGCCGAGGCGGACGAUGCCCAAAGUGGAAGACUGGCAACUGGGGAGAGUGUUCAGCAUCAUGCGGCGACGGCAUCCAGCGCCGGGAGGUCUUCUGUCAGGUCGGAGACCGGCGGAGCGCGCUGGAGAGCGGCUGUCCCCAGCGCUCCCGCCCGGCGUCCAGCCAGAGCUGCCGGGUGGCUGACUGUCCCUCUCGGUACCGGUGGAGAGAAGGCGACUGGCAGACGUGCAGUAAGUCAUGUGGAUCGGGCCACCGUCAUCGAGUGUUGCAGUGUGUGGACCACAACCAGCAGGAGGUCCAUGAGAUGUACUGUGUGAACCAGAUCAGGCCGCCACACAUAGAGAGCUGCAACACCCAUGCUUGUGAAUCCAUCUGGAUCACAGGGGAAUGGACGGAGUGCUCAGCCAGCUGUGGCCAGGGAUACCGCCAGCGUCUGAUCUCCUGCAGUGAGGUGCAUGUGGAGAAUGACAACUAUGAGUACGGCCAUCAGUCUUUGUCCAACUGCCCUGGGACCCCCCCUGAGAGCUACAUGCCUUGUAAUCUGGACCCGUGCCCAUCGUCCCAGGAGUGGAGGGCUGGAGUCUGGGGACCGUGUUCAGUGAGCUGUGGGGAUGGAGUGAUGGAGAGGACGUUGCGGUGUGUCUCAGCAGAUGGUCAGCAAAGCAAUAGGUGCUCUCAAGAUGCGAGGCCACAAGCCAGAAAAGUCUGCAGGAAUCCAAGCUGCCAUUUGCCUUCGAGCUGUCAAGACAUCCAGAGCAUUAGUGGCCCCAUCCCAGACAGCGAACACUUUCUCAGCAUUCAAGGAAAAGCACUCAAGGUCUACUGUGCAGGAAUGCAGACAGAGACUCCACAGGAGUACAUCACCUUGACGACCGGCGAAGGGGAGAAUUUUUCUGAGAUCUUUGGCUUCAGGCUUAAUGAUCCCACCCACUGUCCAGCCAAUGGUUCCAGAAGAGAAGACUGCGACUGUCGAAGAGACUACACCGCUGCCGGCAUCACCACCUUCUCCAAAGUGCGCCUGGACCUCAGGAAGAUGAACAUCAUCACUACAGACUGGAGGUUUGCUUUCACCCGUGAAGGCAAGAGUGUCCCGUUUGCUACGGCUGGAGACUGCUACAGCGCCGCCCGCUGUCCACAGGGCCGGUUUAGGAUCAAUCUGUCAGGAACAGGUUUCAAGGUAGCUGAGGACACCUCAUGGAUCUCCCAGGGCAACUAUGCAGUGGCUAAUAUACAGAAAUCACAGGAUGGCAGCAGAGUGUCAGGAAUGUGUGGAGGCUACUGUGGUAAAUGUACACCGUCCUCUGGCCGCAGUCUGCCUGUAACAGUGGAAUAGAUCUAAAGCCAUCAAACAGGUGCUCAUCAUGUGAACACAUCACUCCUCUUUGGUGCUACAGCCAACACUGAGCUCAGAUCCAUCCUCCACAUAACCUCUUUUUAAUCCCUUGUGUGUAUAGUGUAAAGUAAUCUGGUGUAAGUACUGUAAAUAGCAGGAUGAAAUGUCUUAUUUAUUGUACUCGCCAUUUAUUUUUGUAUUGUUAUGUAAUUUAAGGGUUGCAGUAGCAUACACCAAACAAUUGCCAUGUAUGAGAUUUUUUUUUUUUUUUGUUGCCAGAAUGUGCCUUCCAUUUUGUAUAUAAGGCUAUUUAACUGUUGUAGUGCUGUCAUUAUUCCACAUUGCAUGUGUUGCAGCCAUUUGUUUCAUCCAGUAAUGUUAUUGUUGUGAUGGUCACCAGUCCUGUGGUUCCUAUGCAGUGAGGUGUCUCCAAGCAGGGUGGUAGAGAUAUCCAGUAUAACCACUGAUUCUUUACUUUUUUUUCGUUCGGUUUCCUACUUCGAAUGUAUUUCUUAGCCAGAUGUGACAGUCAGGACUUCCUAAAUUGUACACAAUUAUUACAUUAAGUUUGUCAGACUGUGUUACUUCCACUUACUUUGCAGCAAACUACAAAUUUCAUGUACACCUCCUCCAGGUUUACUCGGAAAAUACUGCGUUUGUAACCAAUCAAAUCCAAAAGCAGGUGUCCCAAACCGACUGCACUGUGUUCUCGUUGCUCCGUCUGCAUCUGUCCAGCUGUUGUGUAAGGUUGCAGUGCUUUUACACACUACAGGAAAAGGCCAGGUGUUGCUGCCACGCUGCUUUGGUAGUUUGAAGCACUUUUAACCGAGUGUAAGCAACCUGGGAACGAAGUCAGUUCAGUCGCUAAAUAAAUACAGUUUAGAAUGUGCAGGAGGUUUACCCGUAGAACAAACACGCCGAGGCAUAACGCACACAUUAGUGGAUCAUAAGGAGAAGAGUAUAGGUUGCAACAACCGCAGAGAUUAUGCUGCCAGACAUCAGAGACCUAAAUUCCUGUGUGUUCCUGCAUUUCUCUCAGCUGGCGUGCAGUGACCAGGGGGAGCCAUUAGCCUAUAGCUUUUACAGAACAGUCAGGUUAUCUUGUCUGCAGCAACUUGAAAGAAUCCACAACUUCACCUCAGGCCAAUAAAAUUCUAGUAGAUGCUCUGGAGAUAUAAUACAGUGAUGCGACCCUGGAGACACCUCUCAAACUGCUGAACCUGCAGGCCCUGCAGCGUGAUUUCUGUCCAGAUGCUGCUUGUAAACCGUUGCCUCCCGUACCUCACUUUCUGUUCUCCAUCUUUGUUUGUAACAGUCUGUCCAAACUGUACAUAAGCUCCCGUUCAGAGCGUUUUGUUCAUUGUGAAGAUAUCAGGGUACUUUUUUAAAAAUGUUGUGUACAAGUAUGUUUUUGUAUCUCUUUCGCCAGCGUUCUGCGUGAUCGCAAGCUGUUUUCUUUAUUUGCAGAAGAAUUCAGAAAGACAUUAUUCUUUCUAUCCUUUAAAUGUAGAUUUGUAGUGAACAUUGUAUAUGUACAAGAAGCCAUAUUUGCUGUUGUAAGUCGUUCCGUAUGGUGCUACAUCAGUGCCUUAAGUGAUAAUGUGCAGACUUUAGCCAAAGGGAAUUCAACACAGAUUUAAUCUGCAACUAAACAAGAACAAAAGACACAGGGAAGAAAUAUAUUUAGUGUCUUACUGACAGUCACAGCUGACAAAUGCACUUCUCAUUGUAAAUGUCAGAAAGUAGUUCAGCCGACAGAUUUCUCAGGUGUCAUAAAUGAAGGGAUUAUUAUAUUUAAAUGUAUUUAUCUUGUUUUUUACACAUUUGCCACAUGUUUAUCAGGCAACUGAAUGUGUAUUAUUGGCAUUUAACAAUGUAAAGUCUCUUUAUAUAUUCUUUAUUUUAUAUGCAAAUAUUUAUUUUACCUUUCCUUGUGAAUGUACAUAAGCCUUGGCCAUAGUGACUAUGGAUUGCUAUGCAGUAUUGCCAUGAAAUGAACCAUCUGGCAGCACAUUUCUUGUUUUAUGAAUGCAUUUAUUUAUACAUAUACAUAUAUGUCAUAUUUGCAUAAACUGUAUAAGCAGAGUUUGGUGCUGCCAUAUGAAAAGGAUGAUUUAUGGAUGAGACCAGAUAAGGCAAUGAUUGGAGAAUAAUAAAAUGCCUGACACGCGUC